AUGUAGGAAUCACCACUCAGAAUUAUCAAAACAAGAAAGUAGACCACCGCCAAGUCAAAAAUUUCCUUUUAAAAUAUUUUUAAUUUGAAAGUGAAGUGCCUUCGUUUUUGCCUUUUGCAAUUUGCUAGCGGUUCUCUUUUUCUAUAUCCGUGCCUCAAGAAUUGAAUGUGUCGUGAAUGUUGAGAUUUUGAACUCGGAAAGAUCGUAAGAUAAAGAUUUGUUUUAAGGUUAUGUUGUGAACUUAGCUUAAACUGCAAUGCACCGUAGCUACUUUUUUUUUUCAUUAUUUUCAUACUUUGCUGCUCAAAUUUAACCAUUGUAAAAUGUAAAUUAACCACUCUGCAAUAUUCUUAAAUGUGUAUACACAUAACUCUCCCAUUAAUGGCUGUUUGGAAAUGAACGUUAACACUCGUGUAGGUGACAUCAAAAAAAAGUUUGAGGUACUUCACGAAAUAAAUGCAAACAAAACCCAGUUUCGCAAACUUCCUGUAGAAACAAGCAAAUUUGUGGUCGGCAGUUCUCAGACUGGUAGCUCAUCGUUUAUGAAUGUCCACAAUGACCUCUCCAGUCGCAGCACCAAAAGUGGAUCGGUGUUCAAUGUCCCUGUUAGCAACCGCAGCAAUAUCAAGAGGACUCCUGCUUUUCGCUGUGAUAAGGUAGCCAAGCCGUCCAGACCACCUGGACAGAUCAACAACAACAACAACAUUCUCAAUAAAGAUGUAGGUAAGCUGUGCUCUGAUCGGAUGAAGCAAUUUGAAGGUAACAACAGUGCAGGUUUUGGUAUUAGUAAUCAUAAUCUGAGGAAAACAUCACCCCAAGCUUCUAAGUCUUUGCAGUCUGUCAACUCUCAACGACAGUGUGCACUUACAGACUACGCACCCCAGCAAGUUCACAAUAACAAAUAUAACCUCCAGAGGAAUAAAAGUUUGGGUGAAAUUCAGCUGAACAACUAUGGCAGCAUCAGCGACUCAUCUGUUCACAGGAAAUUGUCCAAAACUGAAAGUAAAUCGACCAUUGGUUUGCCCAAACCUAACAUCAGUAAUACCAAAGAAUCAUCCCGCCUUAUUUCAAAUACAGGGCUGUAUUCUGCUGCACCUAAAGUGUCAAACAAUGUAUUCUCUCAAGCAGACCGGUUGAACCUCAAAUGUGCCUCAAAAUCCUCAGUGCCAUCACUACCUUCAGAUCCAAGUAAGUUAAAUUAUAAUCUAAGCGGAGCAAAUAGUUCUGAUAAAAAUGGCCAUAUUGCUUUGAACCCAAGCAUAGACCCAAAACCUGUCACUAACAAUUACUCACAGAACUUUAUUCAAAAACAGAAUGUCCCUGCAGUCCCAAAAACCAACAGUUGUAAUGAACCUCUGGGCUCCUCUAGUCUUCCCAGCUCAGUCCAUGCAGCCCUACGAGCACCGUUACCGAAAGGACCCCCUCCAAAAAAGCCUCCCCGGACUUUCGCACACAAUUUAGCUCAAAGCCAGUUCUUACCAAGUAAGAUUCCUCCUGUGCUGCCCAACCAGUCGGAACACUCUAAGUUUGUUCCACCCUUGAAUCAGAAUCUCGCCUCUUCACAAACUUAUGAUAAAUUUGCGAAUCUCCGCCCUGUGCGUUCGAAAACAGAAUCUCAAAUAAUGCUGAAAAAGCUGGAAAAUUUUCUUAAUAGUCAGCAUGACAUGACAAGCUUAAAGCCAAAGCGAUCAAGAGAAGAAGCUGACCUGGAUGUUGGGAGGAAAUCACUGCAUACCUUGCGGAAAGGUCCUUUGCCUGAAGUGCCAUCUAUUAGUCAAGCCUCUGUUAAGCCUACCAGCAACACGUUGAAUCACAAUCUUUGUUUGCAGUCUCUGAACUGUGCGUCCUGUACUAUGAGUCCCUACUCUACGAAUAUAUACGAAAAAGUGCCUUCAUCUCAAUCUCAAUUUUUUAUCGAUUUUAAAUCAAACCCAAUGAUGGAAUUAAGUCAGUUGAGGACUCAGCCAAAACCACACACUAAGAGGAGUGCCCUGGACGAUCCUGUCUACGCCGAAGUUGCUUCACCGAAAGACUGGAAGUUGAGUAGCAGCGGUCAAUCCAAUGCAGAAUUUGGGAGAUCACUGUCGCACAGCAGUUCAAGCCCUUGCAUCGCUCCGCUAACCAUAAGCUCAUCACAAAGUGGUCUUCACUACAUGAGCACACCUGUUGAAUCCGUUUCUUACCCACUGGGGAAUGUUCUUGCUCAAACAAAACAUUUUCAACCUAACUUUAUCGAUAACCAUGCACCUCUGCUCCAACCGCGGAAGAUUAGCUCAGUGGAUGAAAUCUACGGGCAUAGUAAAAUGAUGGCUUUGCCCGAUUCUUUGUCUAAGCCAGCAGGUGACAAGAUACACUUCAGCUCCUCCUCCAAUGAACGAAAUAUUCAAAUGCUUGUCAAUGAAGCAUAUAGUGUACCUUGCUGGAGAAAAAUGUCUGAAGUAAGCAGUGACUCAGAUUCUACUGCCUCUGUCUCUGAGGAUUUCAAAGAAAAUUUUAGAGAUGGCGAAAAGGAGCAAUUGACAAGAGAACGAAAAGGUUAUGUUCGCCGUGUUGCAACUAGAGCUCUCUCCCAGAAGCGGCCAACUCAGUUUAGUUCAGCAAAUUUUUCCCACCUCUUCGAAUGCUUGCUUCUGAUUGGAUUGGAUCUGGACCCAGCACGGUGUAAAGUUCCUUACAUCAAGAGCAAGUACCCUCCUGAAGUGACUCUUCCCGAGAAAUUUGAAUAUCUAUGUUUUCCUGACGCUGGCGACUGGCCUCCUCCAACUCCUCCUGACUUCAUCAAUCAGUGUUACACUGUUGUCAUCACAACAGAGUCGGCGCAACGCAAGUAUGGCUACUGCAAAAGAGUUCAACCUGAAGGAGCGCCAAUCUGUCUUCCUCUAGCAUAUUGCAUUGUGACACCCUAUAAAGCUGACUCGUUUUAUUACCAGUUGCUAGGUGAACUAGAAUCGAGGCAUGGACAGACAGACCAAAAUGUAAUGAACUUUAUUAAGGAACUGUAUGAGAACGCCUUUCCAUCUCCCGGCCAGGGUGUUAAGGUUACACCCACCACACCGUCCACCAUUGAUCAAAAAUUUGACAAAGUAGAGAUUUUAAAACGUCCAAAAGACUCGCGCCAAGACACAGACCUCUCUGGGAUGCUGAGCUAUGUCCGUUUAGAUAUUUUUGUGAAACUCUUUUCCACGCUUCUCCAUGAGCGCAAAGUUAUUCUCCUUAGUAAAUUUGUCAGCGUUUUAUCGAUGUGUAUAGAGGGCUUGCAGGCAUCGCUGUACCCGUUCCAGUGGCCACAUACCCUUGCAACAGUCCUCUCGCCCUCAAUGCUGGGGUUUCUUGAAGCUCCUACUCCCUAUUUAUUUGGCUUGUUGAAACCUUAUCAUUCCUCGGAUAACUACCUCCCAUCUCUUUCCAAUACUGAUGAGGUUGUGGUAGUUGAUCUGGAUCUUGGCAAAGUCAUAAUUUCUAUUGGCGAUGAGCUGUCUAUCCUGCCAACAAAAGUUGCGAAAGGUUUGAAAGCUGCCUUACAACUCAAUUUGCCUGCAGAUAGUACAACACGUAAUCUACUGAUUUCCGAGGCUCUAGUCCGCUUGUUUGUGGAGCUCAUUGGGCACUACCGUGAAUUUAUGUUCGUCAACGUUGACACUCAAAAGAAGGAAUUUCAGAGAGAAGCAUUUAUCAAUUGUGUGGAGUCAAAAAGUGUACGCUUGUUUCUUGACUGGUUUACUGAAACAGCCAUGUUCCAGUUAUUCAUCGAGUCCCGCCUUGAAUCUGGCCCAGAAUCAAGAGGAAUAUUUGAGCAACGAUGUGCGGAAUUUGCCGAGGAAAAAGACAGGUCAAAAAGCAAAAAUUACAAAGGCCUUAACAAGACUGUUAAAAAUUUAGGUGAUCGUUUGAAAGACUGGGCGACUUUGUCCUAACAGUGAGGAUACUUCAUGUUUUUGCCGCCAAGAGCACUUCCUCGACCUAGGUCCCAGACGCUCUCUCAACAGAUGAAUCCUUCCAGACUGUAAUGAUGUAAUCUUAUAUUUUCUUCUUUAUUUGUAUUUUUUUGUUUCAUACUGUAGAGAAAGAUUUUGACUUGAAGCACUCACAUUUUAUGUUGAUAUGUACCUUCAAGUCUGUGUUAGGAAAUAUGUACGAAUACUCAUAGAAAAUUGAUGUCUUAUUAAGAAUUUAUGUCGCCAUAGAUGAUGACCCAAUCGUUAAAUCUAAGUGAUUUGUUGCGAAGGUGUGUGAAGAGCUUUGAUUUUUACCUUAUAGCUUGAUAGCACCUUCUGUUGAUUAUGACAAGAAUGAUAUACUCAUUAUUUUUGUUUAAGUGCCCCUUACGACUGUUAUGUCUUUUACCGUACUUUAUUCUUUAAUUAAUUUGCACUUAAAAAUCAGGAUUAGCUUUUUUAACUCUUUAUUGACACUCAUAGUUAUUCCACUCUGGUAUUAUAAAUGAUGCAAAACAUUCACAUUAAAGGGUCUGUUGCAUGCAAGAGAUAGUUGAACAUAGAACAUAGGCGUUUGAAAUUAUGUUAUUAUUUUUCCUGAUCCAGGAGGUCAAAAAACAAUUCUGUGACAUUUCUGUUCAGUUGAUUCUGUGACCAGUGCAUUCGACCCAUAGCCAAAAUUUUGCCAAAUGUUACAUUCUUCUGCAUUAAUAAUGAUUGAAAUGCGCCAACAAAUUUCUUGAAAAUGCAACAAACAAAAUCAUCAAAAAUCAAGUCAGAUGCUACCAGCUGUAAGUGAUCAACACAGCCUUCAAAUUAAGCUAAAAAUCAGUUGUUCAGGGAGUUUUCCUCACUCUAGUAGUCCUUACAAUGAGGUUUUCUUGCGGUUUAUCCAGUGCGCCCAUGCUUACAUUCAAUCUAUGGCCAUUUUAUGAGGAUAAAUUUAUUAGCAGAAAUUUGGCAACAUGAAAUUCGAUUAAGCCAAUUCCGUUUAAAUCUGUCCAAUCGGUUAUGGCUGUGGAACAAAUGAAGGUAUUCAUAUAAUUUUUUGCCACUUACAGCGUCUGAUAACAUUUUCAAAGUGAGUUUCUACCACUAUUUGCAUUAGGCUCUUUAUUAUUUUUUUUUUAAUUACGUAUCUGCAGUUUUUUUAAAGCAUUGACUGACAAUCAACAGAGUAACAAAUACAUAAGAUACCCUUUGUUUUUUCUAAGAGUAAUUUUGCAUUAAUCAAUUUAGAAAUUUAAAUUCCAAACUCUCCAUUUCUUUUAAUAAUGUUUUGCUAAACUUUUUGACCCCACCUACUCCCUGUCUAUGCUAAUUUAGCUCCUAUUUUUCUAGUUCUUGAUCUGUGCUUUUGCCAAACAGUAUGUUUACAUUUCAGGUAAACCCAGAAAUUUGUAGACAUCCUGCCAAAUACCAGUUUUCUAUUUUUUCUAUUUGGAUCUCUCGUGGUUAUAUCAGAGCACUCUCUCAGGGUAAAGAUAUCCCUUUGUCCCCAUUCUUAGGCCAAUUCGUCGCCUGCCGGCCAAAGUUUCCUAAGUGCCAUUUAUGCCGCAGCAUCAUGUUGCCAAACUUUUCAAACUUCUCCAAUUUUUUGCGGAAAAAUUAAUGAACAGAAUCACCUGAAAGCUGUACCUACUGUUCCUUUUGUCAUCAAAAUUAAUCCCUGAAAGUAUGUCCUAAAGUCUCAAAGAAAAAAUUAAAACAAUAUUAUGCCCAACAUAGCGUCGAAGUGUAACUGGCGCUAAAAAUACUUUGACCGGAAGGUGACAAAUUAUUUUUAUUUUUCAUUUGUCAGAAGUCUGUUUGUGCUAACAUGAGAAUUUCAAAAUUGAAAAAUUAAAUCUCUAGUGAGGACCUUAUCACAAUUCGUUUUAUGGAUCUGAGAAUUUGAUCUGCCAAGAAACUUUUAGCGCACAUUAAGCGCUCAAUCCGAUCUAAUUUUUAACGUCUUAGGAUCAUUAACUAGUUCCAUGAGAAUAUUUCUGUACUCUGUGUCUCUCAUUUGUUACCUCCUAAGCAAAAUUGAACUCUCACAUAGUAGUGGUACGCAAUUCUUACAUCAGUUGAAUCGGUCCCUCUCAAAGAGAAUUACGGUAAUAAAAAUUUUAAUUAACCUGUUCUUAAUCUCAGAGCUCUAAAGCAAUGCAUUAAUUAAUGUGGGAUUUAAAAUAGGUUGACCAGUACAGUUUCCACUAUUUCUUUCCUAUUUUAAUAUCGAGCACUUAAAUCUUUUGGAGAAUGACCAAUCCAAUUGUGUGGAAGUACAGUUCUUCCUCUGUCAAAGAGUUUUAGUAUGAUAUAAUAUCCUUCAAUUUUUUCUAUUUUUUUAUUUUUUAAUAUCUUAAAAUAUUGUAAAUCAUCCUAUCAUUCUUUUUUAAUUCUCGAACUAACUCCGUCUCACAUUUGAUUGUGCCUGUUAUGUGCCUUUGGUCUUGACGCACGUUACUUUUUUAUCUGUUGUGCCGAUUUCUACUGAUUUAUCAUCGUCAUUUUCAUAUCAUAGUCUAACAAUUUGUAUUUUCUUGAAAGUAUUUAUGCACUUCAGAUCUCCGUUGAUUGUGUUAAUUUUUGUGUCCUCAGAUGAUACUGAGCGGUAAAGAAUGUAUUUAUGUGUUUGUCUCUGAAAUCAAUUUCAUGUUUUGAUUCGCUCCCAUCUCUCAAAUUCCUUCUAUCUUUCGUCAUAGGGAUGUUAUCAAUAACGAUGUCAUUGGAGAGGGAUCAUACUGCCUAGAGCUUUGUCCUCUGAAUGGUGGGUCCACUAUUUAUCCCUUAGACAACUAAACUCAGUAUUUUCUCUAUACCCAUAUUAUAUUAAUUUGCCCCGAUAGUCGUAACAGCGACAUUUACAUUCCAAUAGAGCGGCAAGCGAAAGCUUUGGUUUUUGUGAGGAUUUGCGUUGCUUGUUCUUUGGGGGGGGGGGGGGCUGGUGGUCUCUCUCUACAGAGGACAAGGCUCCAAGCAGCUCAUUUCCUCCCUAAAAACCUUGUUGAUUUUUAGCACAGUGAAAACUUCCUCAUUUGUAAGGUGGUUUUUGGCUUUUAAGAGAAUGAUUCGAUAGUCGACGAUCAAUCGAUAAUUUCUGGAUUUUAGGACAUUCGGAGGGAAUUACGGAGCAUCGCUUCUCGUUAUAGUAUGUCAAGUAUUGAUACACAACAUUCGACCAAGAAACGUUUUGAAAUAAUGCGGGACGUACUUUCAAGCUACUUCAAACUUUUUCUUGGUCAAAUUUUGUUUACGAAGACCUGACGCACUAUAGCAAGUUGUCACGCUCAGGAAUUCUCAAGAACUGCCGUAUAAUCCAGAAAUUAUCAAUCGCUGGAUCAACUUUGGAAUCAUGCUCCAAAA